AUGUGGCGACUACAUUUGUUCCUACUCCUGUCCACCUGUUUUCUGGUGCCCCAUGAUGCCAAACCCGCGAAGCGAACUACGGUUGGAUUUUCCACAACCACACUGGCAUCCUUACUCCUGGAAACGGAAUUGAGUAGUAGUAGUAGUAGUAGUAGUAGUAGUAGUAGUAGUACCUCCCUGAAAAUACCACGUGUUACCAAUAUCGGACGCUUGGCUUCCAAGGAUCUGGCCGAUUUACUUUUGGCCAGCAUGCAGGCACGUGGCGCCAAGUUGACUUCCCUCCAGGAGUCCACGAUGAAAUCACUGCGCAGCGAUGUGAGCAAGGAUACGAAGGGAAACAAUGUAUUUCUCCAGAUUGGCAUGGAUGUGAUCAUUGAUAUACUGAUUGGAGCUCGUAACAAUGCCACGUGCAGUCGCAUUAUCCAGGAUAUCGACCAAUCGCAGGACAGGAAUAGUCUGACCUUGACCCUGAAAUCCUUUUUGGCCCUCUGCUUCUUCAAUGGCAUCGAGUGUGCCAAGGAGGAGGUGGGUCAGGUGAUCAAGAGCACCCACACCCGUCAGCGCGAGCAGGCCAAGGUCGCCGAUGAGCAUCAGCAGGCGGAGGGGUCGGGACUUCGCACCGCCCGGAAAGUGGGCGAGGUCAAGGACGACCGCGCCAAGGUGCUCAAAUUCCUGCAGGCACGAAACAUCAACGAACUGACCGCCAUCCUCAAUACUUUGCUGCAGGUGUGCGGGGCUUCGAGUGGCGAGGCUCACAAGAUCAUUAGGAAUUUGCGAGAGAUGGGUCCUGAUUCCAUCAGUCUGCUGCAGGUGAACGCUUUUAGUAUGCUAUCCGUAUCCCUUCUGGACAGUUUGUCGACCAUUGCCGAGGGCAAGGCGAGUGGUCUGUGCUCCGCCGCCCCCGAAAGUUGGAUCGUCCGCCUGCUGGCGAUGGGCGUGGACAAACCAGUGCUAAUGGGCCUAAUGACCGCCCUCGAUCGCACCAUUCAGACCUCCACGUCUGCCGAAAUGGCCAAUGCCGCGGCUCUGAACAGCUUAAAUGGUGGCGAUCUCACGGAUUCCCAAUCCAUGGAUGGUCCCAAAACAGCGGCCACCGCAAAGCGAGCCAUAUCUGGAUUUGGUAAUAGUGAAAACUUGGGAAAUGACGUCGAUGCCGUUGGCAAUUUUAACACAGUAAAUGAGCUGGUUAACGCUGAAGUGCCCGCAGAAGUUGCUGCUUCUGUUUUAAGUAGAAUUCACGGUUCUGGUUUUACCGGCAACGUCCUUAAUCAGGGGUCUGAUGUUGUUCUCAGGGGAAGUGGUAACACUGUUAACCGCGCAGUUGUGGCGAAGGUUCCCGCUUUAGUGGCUGCUCCAGUAUUGUCAGAUAUUGAUAGUGGAAGCUCUUCCGGUUCCUCCUCUUCGAGUCCAUCCACCAGUUCGGGAUCUACUGGCUCGAGUUCGGGAUCAACUGGCUCCAGUUCGGGAUCUACUGGCUCAACGAGUUCGGGAUCGACGGGCUCUCCGAGUUCAUCGUCUAAUUCGGGCUCUUCUGGUUCAAGUUCUGGAUCUGGCACUCCCAGCUCAUCCAGCUCUUCCGUAAUUGGAAACAAUGUGAAUGUUCAAGGCGACAAAGUUAUUGGCAAUCAGAAUUUUUUGUUUAAACUGCUGGAUCUUGGACUUCCCAUAUCUCUGGUCGCACCGAUCCUGAGUAUUAUUAACAACCAGGGUUCUUCUACGAGUUCUACAAGUUCUUCGAGCGGUACUUCGAGUGGUUCUUCCAGUGGAUCUUCGAGUGGAUCUUCGAGUGGUACUCCAAGUGGUUCUUCUGGUGGCUCUUCAGGCAAUUCUUCUGGUGGUUCUUCCAAUGGCUCUAGUUCUGGCUCCUCAGUGGGAAACAAUGCCAAUCUCGGCCCAGAUGUUGACAUCGAUGGUGAUGGAAACGAGGUUAACAAGCUGGUUAAUGCCAACGUUGAUGCAUUGGCUAAUGUCCCUGUUCUAAGCAAAAUAAGUGGAACUGGUUUUGCAAACAAUCUUAACAGAAAACCCAAUUUACUUAUUCGAGGUAAUCGUAACAAGUUCACUAGCGUUGUUGACGCCAAUGUUCCCGUUUUGGCGGCUGUUUCGGCUAUAAGUGAUAUUAGCGGUGCCCCUGGAUCCUCUGGUAGUGGAUCCUCUAGUGGUGGAUCCUCUAGUGGUAGUACCUCCUCAAGCCCAUCAUCCGGAUUGGGUGGCCUCACGGGAGCCUUACCCGGAGUAGGUGGUCUAACGGGAGGAUCAGGAUCAGGAUCGGGAUCGGGAUCAGGAUCUAGUGGUCUUCUCGGAGGACUUCUUGGCGGAACAGUGGGUGGCGUUCUUCAAUCAGUGGGACCCCUUCUCGGCGGUGUCGUUGGUACAGUGGAGCCCGUUGUCGGAGGAGUUGUCGAGACAUUGCAGCCCACUCUAACUGGUGUUCUUGGCACAGUCACCAAUACCGUAGGUGGCCUCGUUGGUGGCCUAACUGGCGGUUCUUCUAGUCCUUUAGGAGGUGUCACCGACAUUUUGGGGGGCGGUUCGUCCUCGGGCAGUUCGUCCUCGAGCAGUUCCUCAACGGGAUCCGGAUCCUCCGGCGUCAUUGGAAACAAUGCAGUCAGCGGUCCCGAAACUUUGGUCGUGGGCAACAAGAACAAUAUCGUUAAGCUUGUGGAUGUCCAUGGAUUGGUCCUGGCCGAGAUUCCUUUGUUAUCCAGCAUAACCGGCCUAUUGGGAUUAGGAGGCAUUAUCGGGAACUCAGCUAACAAGGGUCCCAAGACGGUCGUCAUAGGUGACAAUAAUCGUAUAGUGAAACUGAUCAACGUUGACUUGUGGGUCUUGGCCUUCCUUGAUAUACUCAACAUAAUCCGCGGCAGUGGAGGCGUUUGCAACCAGAUAAACUCUGGACCUGGUACGGAGAUUAUUGGCAACGACAAUGAUGUGAUUCAAGUAGUCGAUGUGGAUUUGAGUGUGCUGCUAGUGGUAGAUUUGUUGAGCCACUUGAUCACCACUGUGGCCAAUGACUGCGGCACCACCACCACCACCACUACCACAACGACCACAGAAACACCCACUGUUGCGCCACCAACGGCGGCACCACCUACUGCUGCACCACCAACUGCUGCACCACCUACUGCUGCACCUCCUACGGCGGCACCACCUACUGUUGAACCACCCACGGAGCACCCGCCCACCUAUGGCCCACCCACUAAUGAACCACCCACCAACCAGCCACCCACCCACCAGCCACCCACCAACCAGCCUCCCACCAAUCAACCUCCUACCAACCAACCACCUACCAAUCAACCACCUACCAAUCAACCACCCACCAAUAGGCCACCCACCAAUGAACCACCCACCAAUAGGCCUCCCACAAAUGAACCACCCACCAACCGCCCACCCACCGAUCAGCCACCCACCAACCGCCCACCGUCGCCCAAUCCCAACAAUUGCUAUCGGAGAUAUUGCCGCAAGUGGCGCACUCGUCCCAGCUAUUUGUGCUACAAGAACUGCGGUGGUGCCUACACCUACAAGCCCUAAGAAGUCGGGCAUCUUGCACCACCGAAACCACCAAAAGCACCAAAACCACCGGCUGUACAGCUACUCAAUCUUGUUAUGCGUGGCAUUGCCAGCCUCACUGCCUCUCGGCAUUUAUUUAUUUUUUAUACUCUCUAAGCAAA